AGCAGAAGUAGCCGUCUCUCUGGCUCUGCCUGAAGCCACAGAUUGUCUAAUUAGAUUAAGCGAGGCUUUCCACAGAUAAUCAUUUAGCCGGCUCCUGUUUUUUUUUCCUCCGAUGGAGUGCUGCUUGUGACUGUGAGCUUGCUGAAGGUCAAACAGAAUUUUUGAAUAACAGGCUGUUUUUUGGGGGACUAAAAAGUGGUCUUGGAGCAGGUUUGCAAACAGCCGGCUGAGGAGCUGUGGUUGGGUUAUGGGCUGUUUCUGGACCUGGGAGCGUGAAGCUGCUCAGAGUAAUCAGACUGCCACUAAUACCUGCUGCGGCUAACAGGAGGCGAUGGGGGAAGUUUCUACCAGAUCUGCACCUGCCCUGUAAAAAGGAGUCAUGGCGACAAGCAACUCUUUUCGUGGAUCGAAACAUGGCCGGCGUGGCGAGGCCAACCACGAGGCGGAGUUCAGCUGCACACUACAGGACCUGCGCUCAAUCAUGGAGCUCAGGGGACCAGAGGCUGUGACCAGGAUCCAGGAGUGUUACGGAGAUGUUAACGGACUGUGUGCCAGAUUGAGGACGUCACCUGUUGAAGGUUUAGAUGGAAGCUCAGAAGACAUCGAGCGAAGAACACAGGAGUUUGGGCAGAACCUCAUACCUCCUAAAAAGCCAAAAACCUUUGUGCAGUUAGUCUGGGAGGCCCUGCAGGAUGUCACGCUGAUCAUCCUGGAGGUGGCAGCCAUCAUUUCAUUAGGCCUUUCUUUUUACAAACCACCAGAUGCUGAGAGACGGUAUUGUGGAAAUGCAGCUGCGGGCCAUGAAGAGGAGGGCGAGGCGGAGGCUGGAUGGAUCGAAGGGGCGGCCAUCCUGCUGUCAGUGGUGUGUGUGGUCCUGGUCACGGCCUUUAACGACUGGAGCAAAGAGAAGCAGUUCCGUGGCCUUCAGAGCCGGAUCGAACAGGAGCAGAAGUUCACUGUGGUCCGGGGAGGGCAGGUGAUCCAGAUCAAAGUGUCUGAGAUUGUCGUGGGAGACAUCGCUCAAGUCAAAUAUGGUGACCUCCUUCCUGCUGACGGCGUCUUGAUUCAGGGCAACGAUCUGAAGAUGGAUGAAAGCUCUCUGACCGGAGAGUCCGAUCACGUCAAGAAGACUCUGGACAAAGACCCCAUGCUGCUGUCAGGUACCCAUGUGAUGGAGGGCUCUGGCAAGAUUCUGGUCACUGCUGUAGGCGUGAACUCUCAGACCGGAAUCAUCUUCACGCUGCUCGGUGCCGGUGAGGACGGUGAAGGCGAUGCAGAGGAGAAGGCUGAGAAAAAGAAGAAAAAGGAGAAGCUAAAGGAGGAGCGGAAAAAGAAGAUGAAGGACGAGAAAAGAAAAGACAAGGAUGGAGCCCCCGUUGAGAUGCAGCUGCUCAAAGAGGACGGAGAAGCAGACAAGAAGAAGAAAAACCUACCAAAGAAGGAGAAGUCGGUCCUCCAGGGGAAGCUGACCAAACUGGCUGUGCAGAUCGGCAAAGCAGGUCUGUUCAUGUCCGCUCUGACGGUCAUCAUCCUCAUCGUUCGCUUCCUCAUCGAUAUCUUCUGGGUUCAGGGAGUUCCCUGGUCCAAAGAGUGUUUGCCCAUCUAUGUGCAGUACUGGGUCAAGUUCUUCAUCAUUGGUGUGACCGUGCUGGUUGUAGCUGUGCCAGAAGGUCUCCCUCUAGCUGUCACCAUCUCCCUGGCCUAUUCAGUCAAGAAAAUGAUGAAAGACAACAACCUGGUCCGCCACCUGGACGCAUGUGAGACAAUGGGCAACGCCACGGCCAUCUGCUCCGACAAGACGGGCACUCUUACUAUGAACCGCAUGACUGUCGUGCAGACGUACAUCGCGGGACGCUACUACAAAAAGGUGCCAGAACCGGACCUGAUACCUGCCAAGGUCCUGGACCUGCUCAUCCAAGGAAUCGGGGUCAACUGCGCCUACACCUCCAAGAUUAUGCCUCCAGAAAAAGAGGGCGGUCUGGCUCGGCAGGUGGGAAACAAAACUGAAUGUGCCUUACUGGGACACUCCCUCGACCUGCGUCGGGACUACCAGGCAGUACGCAAUGAAAUCCCAGAGGAGAAACUCUUCAAGGUCUACACCUUCAACUCUGUGAGGAAGUCCAUGAGCACCGUGCUAAAGAACUAUGAUGGCAGCUAUCGCAUGUACAGCAAGGGGGCCUCUGAGAUCCUGCUCAGGAAAUGCUGUAAGAUCCUCGUGGCCAGUGGUGAGUCCAAAGCCUUCAAACCUCGGGACAGAGACGAGCUGGUGAAGAAGGUGAUCGAGCCGAUGGCUUCAGAAGGCCUUCGGACCAUCUGCCUCGCCUACAGAGACUUCCCCAUCGCUGAUGGAGAGCCUGACUGGGAUAACGAGGCCCACAUCCUCUCUGGACUCACCUGCAUCUCAGUGGUCGGCAUCGAGGACCCCGUACGACCUGAGGUCCCAGACGCCAUCAGAAAAUGCCAGCGGGCCGGGAUCACAGUACGGAUGGUGACCGGAGACAACAUUAACACCGCCCGGGCCAUCGCCUCCAAGUGUGGCAUCCUGCACCCUGGAGACGACUUCCUGUGUAUGGAGGGUAAAGAGUUCAACCGACGGAUCCGCAACCAGAUGGGAGAGAUCGAGCAGGAGCGGAUCGAUAAGAUUUGGCCUAAACUGAGAGUCCUCGCUCGCUCUUCUCCAACGGACAAACACACUCUGGUGAAAGGUAUCAUUGACAGCACUGUGCUGGAACGGAGGCAGGUUGUUGCAGUGACUGGAGACGGAACGAAUGACGGCCCCGCCCUCAAGAAAGCAGACGUUGGCUUUGCCAUGGGCAUCGCUGGGACGGAUGUGGCGAAGGAGGCCUCUGACAUCAUCCUGACCGACGAUAACUUCAGCAGCAUCGUGAAGGCGGUGAUGUGGGGCAGGAACGUCUACGACAGCAUCUCCAAGUUCCUGCAGUUCCAGCUCACCGUCAACGUGGUCGCUGUCAUCGUGGCCUUCACCGGAGCCUGCAUCACCCAGGACUCUCCUCUGAAAGCCGUGCAGAUGUUGUGGGUCAACCUCAUCAUGGACACGUUUGCAUCGUUGGCUCUGGCCACAGAACCUCCGACCGAGGCGCUGCUGUUGAGGAACCCGUACGGCCGCAACAAGCCGCUUAUCUCCCGCACCAUGAUGAAGAACAUCCUCGGACACGCCAUCUACCAGAUGACCGUCAUCUUCACCCUGGUCUUUGCAGGUGAGAAGAUAUUUGACAUAGACAGUGGCAGGAACGCCCCCCUUCACGCGCCUCCCUCCGAGCACUACACCAUCGUGUUCAACACGUUCGUCCUGAUGCAGAUCUUCAAUGAGCUCAACGCCCGCAAGAUCCACGGCGAGAGAAACGUCUUCGAGGGAGUCUUUAACAACCCCAUCUUCUGCUCCAUCGUCCUGGGAACCUUGGUUGUCCAGUUCGUCAUCGUGCAGUUUGGAGGUAAACCAUUCAGCUGCGUGACCCUGAACCUGACACAGUGGCUGUGGUGUAUCUUCCUGGGCAUGGGCAGCCUCCUGUGGGGACAGCUGGUGUCCAGCAUCCCCACACGCUGGCUCAAGUUCCUGAAGACGGCAGGUCACGGCACGCAGCAGGAGGAGAUCCCUGAGGACGAGCUGGAGGAGAUGAGGGACAUGGAUGAGAUCGAUCACGCUGAGAUGGAGAUGAGGAGGAGCCACGUGCUCUGGUGCCGCGGCCUCAACCGCAUCCAGACUCAGAUCCGUGUGGUGAACGCCUUCAGAGACAGCGUUUCUCCUUACGAAGGUCUGGAGACGCCCGAGUCCCGCAGCUCCAUCCACAACUUCAUGUCCCACCCCGAGUUCCGCAUCGAUGAUUCGGAGUCUCAGAUACCCAUGAUCGAUGAGGCCGACGGCGAGGACGAGCCUCCCACCAAACGGAACUCCAUCGUCAUCCCGCCGCCGCUGACGGGGCUUUCCACGCUGCCGGCGGCCCUGCCCAACCAGAACAACAACGCCAUGGACCGCAUCGUUCACAAGGACGCCUCCAGACCAGGUCUGCUACCGGGCAACUCAGCCACUCUGCCGCCUUGUCCGGGGAGCCCCCUGCACAGCCUGGAGACCUCGCUGUGAAGCCCCGCCCCCCCCCCCCCUGGACCUGAGCACUCCCUGUGACAGUGGUCUGUUCGUACUGUUUGUCCUGAGAGCCAAUGAAAUACAAAGAAUUUAAACAGACUCGUCCAAUCGGUUCUUGUCAGGAGUUCACCUGCUGGUUUUCAGGAAGCCGUUCCCAGGAGUGUUUGGGGUCGUGCCCGGAGUGACGGCGUGUUCACACAGGCUGAUGAUUCUUUCUCUACUUUAAUAGACAUGGACUCUGCAGUCAUUGUUUAGGAGAAGAGUGUUUGUGCGGUGAUCGAUCUUUUGUCAGUUACAGAUCUGUAAAUAUUCCUGUUGAUGUUCAGACGUAGACGAAGCUCGCAGAACGUUGAUCUGACGAGUUCAGGUUAGCUUUGUGUCAGAGUGGAACUGUUAGAAUCUGUCACUGAGGUGUUUAGAGUCAGUCAGCUUUAUUAUUUCUUUGUAGACCGACUGUAGGAAAGUAAAUCUGUAUGUUGGAUUUCAUUCUAGUACUUUUGUAAAAAAAAAUGUUUUAGACUUUGUCGUUUCAAAAGAUGUUAAACCAAAGGUUAUUAAAGAUUUAAAAACAA